CGCACUGAGAUUUGACCGGUUGACAGGUUAUAUGAUUAUUCAACCAGGUGAGACGCACUGAGAUGUGACCGGUUGACAGGUUAUAUGAUUAUUCAAGCAGGUGAGGUACCUCUGAGAUGUGACCGGUGAGGGGCUAUAUGAUUAUUCAACCAGGUGAGGGGUUAUAUGAUUAUUCAAACAGGUGAGGUACCUCUAAGAUGUGACCGGUGAGGGGCUAUAUGAUUAUUCAACCAGGUGAUGGCCCACAGAGAUGUGACCGGUUGACAGGUUAUAUGAUGUUUGUUGCGGUUGCACCCGAUUCAAGAGCCGAAUGGCUCACAGGGCUAUACCAAAUAAAUGAACUAUGAGGUCCCUCUGACCUGUUGACGGGCUAUAUGAUAAUUGAACCAGGUGAUGGCCCACUUAGAUGUGACAGGUGAGGUCCCUCUGACCUGUUGACGGGCUAUAUGAUAAUUGAACCAGGUGAGGCCCCACUGAGAUGUGACCGGUUGAAAGGUUAUAUGAUUUUUUCACCAGGUGAGGUUCCUCUGACCUGUUGACGGGCUAUAUGAUUUUUUAACCAGGUGAGGGCCCUCUGAGAUGUGACCAGUUGACGGGCUAUUUGAUUAUCCAGCCAAAUAAGUUCCUUCUAAGACGUUACCAGGUGUUGUUGUUCAUGAGGGUACAGGGCCAUGGCAUCCAGCAAGUACCAAACGGUUGUGGAGGGGGAGGCCUCAGAGACCGACUCAGAUGAGGAGGUGUGUACCACUUCAGUCGCAGCAGAACCCAGCGCAUGCAUGGUGGUCACAGGAGAGGCUUCUGAAACGGACGAGGAUGAAGGGGAGGAAGCAGAAGAAGAGGUUCAAGCUGUCCGUAACAACGGUCUGAUACAGCACGAGGACCUGACCUCGCUGACAGGGCAGGGUGCCAUCUCAUUGUUGACUGUGGAGAGACCCGGGAGGGUGGAGAUCUGCGGCGAGACAGAAGUGCCCGCGCAAAUCUCCCGGCCACCGGGGACGAGGAGUUACAACACGCUGCUGCAACUGAAGCUACGAGAAAGCAAUGCGCGUCUGCGGGGUGACGUGGCCGAGAUGGUGCGCAAGGCAUACACCACAGCCGCCAGGGACGUGCGCAACACCACGCAGCGGCUGGGCGACUCACAGGUGGUCAUCAUAGAGGCGUCAAACAGCCUGCACCAUGCCCUGGACAAUCUACACAGCAUCCGCGACAAGAUGGACAUCAUCACCAGCUGCAAUUUGCUGCCAGAAAUCCACCUGCCUGCCGAGCACAAGCCUUCCUGAUGCCUCUCACUGAAGGGUUAUCUUAUAACACCUGAAUAAAUAAAUAUAAAAUAUACAAAUCCCAGGAACACGUUUGUUGAUUUCAUAUAACAUGUUUUUCAAUAUAUUUGUUGAUUUGUUUUGGUCCAUGUAAUGUAUAAAUAAAUUGUUUUGCAGAAUUAAUUUAUCAUUAUGCAAUGCAUAACUACUGUUUAUGCAAUGCAUAGUGUUAUUGCGUUGCAUAAACAAUGUUUUGUAAUCGGUGGCACAGUGGUUAUGACCAAGACUAACGUAAAUCGUGAAUGAUAUGUGAACCUAUCAUAGUCCUACCCUUCACAAACCUGCACUGACCAACAUGGUGAAGUAUGAUCAACAGCCCCCAUGAGCAACAGGGGAGGCCUUCCGGAAUUGUUUGGCAAGGGCUAAAAUUAUGAUGGUAGAAUCCAAAAUAUAUAACCAAUGAUCAGUAAUUUUUAUUUGAUCAUUAAUUAUUUGUCAGUGCAAGACAAAUGGCUUAAAUUACUUAAAACAAAUUAUUUGAUGUGUUUCCUUCCGGUUUUGAAACAGCAGCAACUUGUAAAAGGUAAAUAAUAGGUAUAUCUCAAUUUUCACUUGAUUGUUGCCAGAUGUGAAAUCCUAAAAAAGCUGGGUACUGUUCUGCAUUUGAUCAAUUCUAAAAUUCCUUAUAGGUCACUUAAAUGUUUAAAGGUUAUGCUUUACAACAAUGUGUACCUCUAGACAUUUAUUUUUAUGACACCCCCCCCCCCCCGAGUGUGUUAUUCUGCCUGUGUAAUUACUAUUGAGAUAUGUGCACCUACAAUGUGACUGGGUCGUGCACCUCAUCACCUCAUGUAGGUGUUAUGUGAAAUGCCCUGAUGUAAUGUAUCUCCUAAACAAUAUGUGAGUUCUAUCGAGUUAUCACGUGUACGUUUGAAUAUGCAGUUUUGGAUAUAUGGACGGUGAAAUAAAUAUUGCACUGCAUGGCCUUGUUCAAUUAAUGCAGUUUUAUCCAAGACAGUAAAGUACAUUAUUGUGGACCGAAUAAUAAAAUGAGUCUCUUGAGUUUCCUUG